GACGUAAAGUGGCUCUUUGCGUGCCCUUUUUUCGCGAGUCUUGUGCCUGGGAUAUCCUCGUCAAAAACUUUUGUAGGUGGAAAUCGCUCUCGUGUGUACCGGUGGUUUUUUAUCGGACGGCAAAAGGCCGCAUGUUAUGCUUGUUUCUGCGAGAGUUUGGCGCGUCUUAAAUCUACAACCUGAUCUGCGAUUGCCUGCGUUAAACGCGUUGCGUCACCAGAGCGGUCGGCGUUUGUCUUCUCAGUGUACUUGCAGCUUCUAGUUUCGCGUGCUCAAAGUCUGCAUUCUUUGCCCCUUGCGCAAAGAUUUCAAGGAAGCGAAAAUGGAGAAAUACACCUGUCUCGAGGCAAUCGGGGAAGGCGCCUACGGGACCGCUUUCCUCGCUCGCGAUUUCGAUGGAAACAAAUGUGUAAUAAAAGUCAUUGACGUUUCGCGAAUGACAGCGAAGGAACGACAAUCGUGCGUAACUGAAGUUCAGCUCCUUGCUCGGCUUGAGCACCCGUUUGUCGUUCGGUACCUUGACAGUUUCAUGGAAGGAAACACUUUGAACAUCGUCAUGAAUUAUUGUGCCGACGGAGACCUCGCAGGCGUAAUCGAAAAGCAAAGCCGGACUCGAAAGCCGUUCAAAGAAGCACAAAUUCUCCGAUGGCUCGCUCAGAUUCUCAUGGCUCUGAAACACAUCCACAGCCACAAAAUCAUUCAUCGAGAUAUAAAGAGUCAGAAUUUGCUCGUCGACUGGGACGGGCGCAUUCGCCUCGCUGACUUUGGCAUCAGCAAACUUCUGGAUUACACAAAUGCGCAAGCGAACACGUUCAUCGGCAGCCCUUACUACUUGAGCCCGGAGUUGUGUGCGGGAAACCCAUACGCGACCGCAAGCGACAUCUGGGCUGCCGGCUGCGUUCUCUAUGAAAUGGCUACUUUCCGAACUCCUUUUCACAUGGCCACCUCAAUCCCUGACCUCUGCUACAAAAUUCAGAACAUGCAGAUUGCUCCGUUGCCGGAAGUCUUCUCUUCGGAGAUCCAGGCCUUGGCAAAUCUCAUGCUCCAAAGAGAUCCCCGAAAACGCGCGAGUGCCGGGGAACUUUUGGAACGACCUUCCCUGCAGCACGCAGCCAUUCCGGUGCUCCUGAACGUCGCAGAUGCCUCUCAAAUGCCGAUUUGGCUUGCUGUGUAGCUGGGGGACUCCUGACCGUCUCUGUAUAUCGCCUUUACCCACCGCCUUGUAGAGCGUUUGACGUCUUGGGGAUGUUUUCACUUGCUGCACAUGCGUCGCUUCUUUCUCAGGCUGCUAUCCGUGAAAUGCUGAAAGAGACUAGGAGCAAAGGCAAGACGAUUUGAUGCGCAAAAACUGAAAGUCUGUCAGAGAAGCGAGGGAAAUGACGGAAGAUCGAACGGGAACACACACAGAAACCCACAACGAAAGGGACUCUGUGUCGAAGGACUGAAGAGAAACUGUCAGGUGAAGCGAGCAAGAGUGCACAGUCGGUCGGGCAAAAAGAGGCGAACGGGGAGAACGUGGAGGAAAGGUGAUUCACAAGACUUCUGGAACUGAAGAAGAAAACGAAGAGACGAGAAACGAGUCAAGAUCACAACACAUGCCCAGAGCGAUGAGCAGGCGGAGAGAAAUCAGGUGAUAUAGCGAAAGGAAGGAGACCCACAAGGAACAGUGAUCGAGCGGGAGACGACAGAUGAAGAGAUGUUUAUGUCAGCAAAGAUCACGCAGAGACAGAAGCUGUCGCUGCCUUCUUCGGUAUCUCUGAUAUCCCCACCCACACCCAUCUAAUGAUGCGACGGAACACCGCACACGGCCACAGCGAUAACAGGAACAGAAAUGCUUGUCAAUGCGGAGAAACAAGGAGAACCAGUAUCGAUGUAUCGGAGAGAAACAUUCGAUUCUUUCAGGAGUCUUUACAGAUCGCCUACAGUCCAACGCGUCUCUGGGCUCAUGUAAGAUGGGCCAAGCAGAAGACGCCGAUCUCGAGGCUUCUUUUUCACAACUUUGCCGGCGAAGGCCUCAAGAGCAGCUGAAAGCGCAUUCUUCUGACUGUCGGGCGGUCGCAAGAGCGUCUCUCUGCAGCAGAGCACUGCGACUCUGAGAAACGUCAAACGUGUAACCACUCUCGUUUAGCUCCCCAGACGUCACUGCAGUGCCGAAAAAAACCGGCGUUAGGAAACUUUCAGGUGUCUCAGAACUACAGUGUUUCUCGCCUUGCCGCAAUCGAGCCCCGAAAGCAACACCCGAAACGCAUGCACUCGAAAAGAAUUUAAAAAUUGCAUCUGGUAACGCCACUGAGUUUACUUCUAUCCUUCUGUGAGGACCCCAUCACAGUUCCAUGUACACAUACAAAUACACACAAAUCAAAACAUAUGUAUGUAUAUUUAUGCAUGUAUAUAUAUAUAUAUAUGCAUGUAUAUAUAUAUAUAUGUUUGCAUGUGCAGGGGCACGCACACAUCGGACGCUUUUAUGGUCGAUUAUCUGUAGCCAGAUCAAUGCAUCUUUGUUUAUCGGUAAACCCUAGGAUAAGAGCCGGAAAGACGAUGUUUUCCCGUUCGC